AUGUCCAUCAACGUGGGUAUCAACGGAUUCGGCCGCAUCGGUCGUCUCGUCAUGCGCGCGGCGCAAAAGAAUCCCAACAUCAAGAUUGUCGCCGUCAACGAUCCCUUCAUUCCCGUCGAAUACAUGGAGUACAUGUACAAGUACGACACGGUCCACGGACGUGCCGACAGCGUCGUCAAGGCCAACAAGGAAGCCGGUACCAUCACGGUGGGUGAGAACGAAAUCAAGGUCUUUGGUGAAAUGGACCCCUCCAAGAUCCAGUGGGGCAGUGCGGGGGCCGACUACGUCGUGGAAUCUACCGGAGUCUUCACCACCACCGAAAAGGCUUCGGCACACAUGGUGGGUGGAGCCAAAAAGGUCGUCAUCUCGGCACCCUCCGGCGACGCACCCAUGUUCGUCAUGGGCGUCAACCAAGAGAAGUAUGAGUCCUCCAUGGACGUGGUUUCCAACGCAUCCUGCACCACUAACUGUCUCGCGCCCUUGGCCAAGGUCGUCAACGACGAGUUUGGACUCAAGGAGGGUCUCAUGACCACGGUCCACGCCGUCACGGCCACGCAGCAGACCGUCGAUGGUCCGUCGCAGAAGGACUGGCGUGGAGGCCGUGCGGCCUGCUACAACAUUAUUCCGUCGAGUACGGGAGCCGCCAAGGCCGUGGGCAAGGUCAUUCCCGCCCUCAACGGCAAACUCACCGGAAUGAGCUUCCGCGUUCCCACCGCCAACGUGUCCGUCGUGGACUUGACUUGCCGUCUGGACAAGGGCGCGCCAUACGCCACCAUCUGUGCCGCCAUCAAGGCCGCGUCCGAAGGCCCCAUGAAGGGCAUCUUGGGAUACACUGACGAAGACGUAGUGAGCUCCGACUUUAUCAGCGACACGCAUUCCUCCAUCUUUGAUCAAAAAGCGGGUAUCGCCUUGACGGACGAUUUUGUCAAGCUCGUAUCCUGGUACGACAACGAAGCCGGUUACAGUACGCGUGUGUUGGACCUGAUUGCUCACAUGGAGUCCCAAAAAUAA